CGAGACUUGAACAGCGUCUCGCGAGACUUGGGGCCCGUUUUUACCAGUUAUUUAUUAUUUUAUUUCUUGCUUUGUUUACAGUGGGACUCAACAGCGGCGGAGGUGACGGGAAAGCCACCAAGGAAUUAACCCCCAGCGGAGUGGCUGAAUGACGAGGAACCUUCAAUAACUCCCAAGAUAAUCUUUCACGCAGAACCAAGCCAAUUUAUUAGCGUGAUUUGUACUUAAAAAAAACCGCACACACGCACAGCUUUUAUCCACUUGACAACAUCUGAUCCUUGAAAGAGCCGCGGGGUGGUUUUUUUACAUUCUCAGAGUAAACUGGGAAUGUUGGGUUGGGGAAAAUAAGUCCAUGUUUAUUCGUAAUUAAAGAUUAUCACCGGUUUCAGCCGGCUGCUUGCAGCAAUUUGUUGGUCGAGUGCACUGGGUAACGUCGCACCGUCUUUACAAAGCGAACCACAGGUCUCGAAGCCGAAUGGGCAACGAACAAUAACGAAUCCGCUUUGCAUUAAGCCAACAAUUGCUUUGUUUGAAACAGAAAAUUUUGAGCAUCGGCAACUCGGCAUCGGGCUCCGCAAAGGAGAUCAUUAGACAAAAAGUAAAACUUCUCGUUGGAAAAACAGACCUUUUAACAAGCUGCUGAAUAUCACAAUUUCGACAAGAUUGAGGGCUUCUCCGUUAAAGUAAAGUUGAAGUUUUUUUUUUUUUUAAAGAUCUAGAACCUCAAAGGGUUUGGUUUUUUGGGGGGGGGGGAGGGGGGGUGGGUGGUGAAACGAGACAAAAAGACUUUAAGCGAGCAUCAGACAUGGCCUUCCUGGACAACCCGGCGAUCCUCCUGGCACACAUCCGCCAGGCGCACAUAACGAGCGACGACACGGGCAUGUGCGAGAUGGUGCUCAUCGACCACGACGUGGAGGGUGGCUGCAUCUCGAGUGGCCAGUACGGCCCGGGCGGCUUGAGCCGCAGCUGCCCGCCGUUUGGGCCCGACAGCCGGCGCCUUUCGCCGGCAUCACCAGCGUCGCCAGGGUCGCCCGUCUCGGUGUGCUCCUUCGCGUCGCUCAUCUCGUCCGGCGGGCGCAGCGAGUGCGAGGCUCCCGUGCUGGAGCACUCGCAGUCGGUGGACAUCACCUCCGGGUGGGAUUUUGGCAUCCGCCCACGCUCGAACACCGCGCAGAGGCUUGAGCGGUUAAGGAAAGAGCGCCAGAACCAAGUGAAGUGCAAAAACAUCCCGUGGAAGGAUCGGGGCACUCGGCAGUCUUCGGAGGAGCAGGCACUGCUCUUUGACAAGAAAGAUUUCCGGACAAAGCGCGCGGAGGCGGCAGCCGCCGGCGCGGCCACCUCACUCCUGUCCAUGCGUCUGGAGAAGUGUCCCCAGCAGCUCAACAACCCCUUCAACGAGUUCUCAAAAUUUGACGGAAAGGGCCAUGUGGGCACAACGGCGACCAAGCGGAUCGACGUGUACCUGCCGGGCGCCAACCCGGAGCACGCCCACGCCAUGCACGUCGUCGUCAUGGCCAACGCGCGCGUCGGGGACCUCAUCGGCCUCACGUGCUGGCAGUACACCAACGAGGGCCGCGAACCAAAGCUCAAAAAUAGCAUGGAGACCUACUGCCUGCACAUCGCCGAGGACGACGGGGAGGUGGACGCCGACUUUCCUCCGCUCGACGCCACCGAACCGAUCCACAAGUUCGGCUUCAGCACGCUGGCGCUGGUGGAGAAGUAUACGGCGCUCGAGCAAGCGAACAAGCAGUCGCUCUUCGUCAAAAUCAAUGUACCCCACAGUGGGUUCUCUCUCAUCCAAGUGGAUAACCUCAACGUGUCGAUGCGGGAGAUCCUGCAGAAGUCCAUGAAGAAACGCAAGGGAAGCUCGGCCUGGACGGGGCCUCAGUAUCGGCUGGAGAAGCAGAGCGCACCCAACGUGGCUGUGGACCUCGACAGCAGCCUCGAGUCCCAGAACAGCAUGGAGUUCUGUCUCGUGCGUGAAAACAGUUCACGCGGCAACGAGAGCCUGGAGGACGAGUUGCCGCUGGAGCUGGCCACGGUGCAGGUGUCUCUCAACAGCCACCAGUACAAGUCGUACCGUGUGAGCUGCGUACACAGGUUACGCAUCCACACGGACGUGCAGCUCGGUAUAUCGGGUGACAAGGUGGAGAUUGACCCCGUGACCCCACAGAAGACCACUACCAAGUUCCUCUUCAAGCAGAAGCCGGUGUCGAUAGACGCGGACCUCCUGUGCGCCUGCGACAUGGUGGAGGAGAAGGCCCCAGCACACGCUAUGUUCAAGCUUGUCUACCUCAACAACCACGACUACAAGCACCAGUUCUUCCAGGCUGAUGCUUCCACCAUCAACGAGAUUGUUCUGAAGAUCAACUACAUCCUGGAGUCGCGGUGCAGCGCCACGCGGACCGCGUACCGUUCGGCCAAGCAGCGCAAGCUCGCGCGCAGGUCGAGCUUCACCUUCAAGGAUCGGCGCAGCACUGGCGACCGGAGCGGCGGCAGUGGCGGAGCCAAGCCGUCGUAGCGGCGGGGAGCGGAGGCGCGCGCCGGGGGUGGCGUCGCCGUCCGCCCGUCGCCGCCAGAGGUUUCCGUCUCGAUUUAAAACU